AUGUCCAGGACGUCCGAGAAUUUGCCCUGGGUUGAGAAGUACCGUCCAGAAACUCUGGACGACGUGUAUGGGCAAACAAAUGUGGUGGAAACGGUUCGUAAAUUUGUCAAAGAGGGUAAACUGCCGCAUUUACUGUUUUAUGGACCUCCAGGUACUGGAAAAACCUCUACCAUUGGGGCGUUAGCGCGUGAAAUAUACGGGAAAAACUAUCGGAACAUGGUACUGGAACUGAAUGCUUCGGAUGACAGAGGUAUCGACGUUGUGAGAAAUCAGAUCAAAGAAUUCGCAUCGACACGUCAAAUCUUUUCCAAGGGCUUCAAACUGAUCAUUUUAGAUGAAGCAGACGCUAUGACGAACGCCGCGCAAAAUGCGCUGCGCCGUAUCAUUGAGCGGUACACGAAGAACACUCGAUUUUGCAUUUUGGCCAAUUAUGCGCAUAAACUCACCCCAGCUCUUUUGAGUCGUUGUACGCGGUUCAGGUUCCAACCUUUACCCACGGAAUCAAUCGAAAAACGUCUCAAGAACAUUUUGAUUCGUGAGGAUCUUCAAUUAACACCGGAAGCGUUAAAUGCACUGUUGAAACUGUCCAGGGGCGACAUGCGUAGAGCCCUCAAUGUUUUACAGGCAAGCAAAGCUACGAUCGACGAUCCAGCCACGGAAAAAGUGACCGAGACCACGAUUUAUGACUGUGUUGGAGCGCCCUAUCCGGCAGAUCUGGAAACAGCGCUUGAGUCCAUGUUAAAAGACGAUUGGACCACUGCUUUCUACACUAUAACCAAGAUCCGUACCUCGAAAGGUUUGGCACUAGUAGAUCUAAUUGAGGGAAUAGUGGAACUAUUAGAAAACUAUGAGUUGAAAGAAAUCACGCGAAGAGAAAUAUUGUGCAAACUGGCAGAUAUCGAGUAUAGUAUUUCGAAAGGCGGCAACGAACGUAUUCAGAGUAGCGCCGUCAUUAGCGCCGUAAAGUCAUCAUUUGAGCUUGAAGUGUGA